GUUCGGGGCCGGCGAGCGGCGGCUGGCGGCGGCGGCGGCUCGGACGAGGCGGUGCCGGGCGCCCCGCUGUCCCCUCAGGCUGCGCGGGGGCUGCGCGCCUAGCUUCCGUAUCGCCGGCAGCCCGCCCGGCUCUGAGCGUCAGGCGCGCCGCGCGUGACAGCGAUCGUGCAGCUGGUCAGAAAACCGCGUCCUCAUGUGUUAAGUAUAACAGUCCAUUAUGUUCCCUCCCUGUCGUCCUUGUCUUAAGGGAGCGGCUGCCCGAGUCCUCUAUGUUGGUAGCUGGGUCAGGGCGGGCGGAGACCUGGGCCAGUCCAGCAGUGCGAUGUGCAGGGGUAAAGCUGGGCUGGAGAACCAGGGAAAUAAGCAUUCAGCUUCUCUGAAGAAUGAAGAUGUUGCUCAAAGGAAAGCAGCUCUGGAAGCUGCUAUGAGGAAGAAGAUUGAAUUUGAGAAAAAAGCAUUGUGUAUUGUUGAGCAACUCCUGGAAGAGAACAUUACUGAAGAGUUCCUUCUGAAUUCUGGAAAAUUUAUUACUCCAUCUCACUAUAAAGACAUUGUUGAUGAACGGUCUAUCAUCAAACUAUGUGGUUAUCCUCUAUGUCCAAAUAAACUGGAAAAUGUGCCAAAACAGAAGUACAGAAUUUCAACAAAAACGAACAGAGUUUAUGAUAUCACUGAAAGAAAGUGCUUUUGCAGCAACUUUUGCUAUAGAGCAUCUAAAUACUUUGAAGCUCAAAUUUCCAAAAGUCCAGUAUGGAUGCGAGAAGAAGAAAAACCACCAGACAUAGAGCUGCUGAAGGAGGGACAGAGUGGACAGUCUGGAGAAGAGGUGAAACUACGUGAUGAAGUAAUUAAAACAUCUGACAUUGAAAAUCCUAGGACAUCUUCAAAUCCAUGUGAAUCUGGUUCUCAUGACACAGCCACUGACAGCAGUAGUGAUACUGAACAAGAAUUUGUUUCUUCUGUCCUACCAGGAAGUCAGUCAAGUUCAGCCAAUUUUGCACAGCAAUUGCACAGAAGCAUCACCCUCAAAAAGAAGCAUGCUCAGAAAGUCUAUUCCAGCCCUAAAACUGAAGACUCAGAUGUGGUAGAAGCCACUGAACGACUGUCUAAUUGUACAUUAGAUGCUCAGGAAGAAAUGCAUGCUUGCUCUGUUCAUAAUAAAAUAACUGCACAACCUUCAAAAAAUACUACUGAAGGGAAAUCAAGUGCUCCAGAAAACUAUGAAAAUACCUGUGGUUCACAAAUAGUUUUUCUAGGUGUGAGCAAAAGAGGCGCAGAACAUCUUAAAAGAACACUAGCUAACUCAAAAGAACAUCAAAAACCUGAACUGAGGCAUCCAGUUAAUUCCAAAGGCAGUUUGUUAGAAGUGCUUAAGAAAACACUUACGGAAUGGAGAACUGAGGAAACUUUAAAAUUUCUCUAUGGCCCAAACUAUACUUCUUUGUGUUCAUCAGAGUGCAUAUCAUCUGCCAACCAGGAGAAUGAAGAACUUGAUGAGGAUGACGUAGAUACAGCUGAUGAUCUUAACACUGUUGCUAUAGGGGAGUCUGAAAACAGUUUGAACUAUUCUUUACCUUUCACAGGCCCAGGUGGAAUAGUUAAGCCUGUGCCUAGCUAUGAAAAGUUAAAAGAAGAAACAGAGUUCCUAGAACUCCGAGUAAAAGAGUUCUAUAAAGGAAAGUGUAUCUUGGCUGAAGAGGUGGUGACACAUGCGCAAGCAGAGGAACAUCCAAACAAAGACAAAGAUGAUCAACAGGAAGAUCUCACCUUCCCACUUGUUGAUUCAAAUGCACAAAUGCAGAUUAGAAAGCGAAUUGUCCUUGAAAAACUGAGAAAAGCAUUACCUGCAGUUUUGGGCCCUCUUCAGAUUACUCCAGGUGAUGUUUACACAGAGCUAAAAAAACUGGUCAAAACUUUCCAGUUAACAAACAGAAAUAUUAUUCACAAAAUGCCUGAAUGGACUCUAAUUGCUAUUGUUUUGUUAUCUGUGACCUUUGAAGUUAUACAGCUGGCUGUUAGAAGUAACAGCUGGCAGCUGAUGGAGCGAUCCUUUACUUUCAGGGGAGAGGAAGAAAGUGGCAUAAACAACACAUCCUGCUGUUCAUGCAAAUAGUUUUUCGUUAGGUUUAAAAAAAUACAAAGAUCCAGAACAUUUGCAUUUUAUUAAAUCCAUUUUAAAUAAACAGUUUCUGUACCUGAUAAGGUAGCUAUAAGCCUGUUGCCUCAACGUGUCUCCCCUGCAUAGUACAGUUAAAACACAGGGGUGCUUUUCAAAAAAAUUCCUUAUGCAGCUUGACAGAAAAACAAAACGUGAACUCUCAUAUGGUACGUUAGAGUAGAACCAGUAAAGUAUUUUGCAAAUGCUCACGUGGCCUCCAAAGCCCAUGCGAGGAGAGCAUGGUAUGACACGAGGGAACUCUGCUGCACAGCCUGCUCCUAAAGGCCUGACCCAACUCCCUGACCACUGCCCUUGAAAGCAGUGGUGUUCGGGCUGGUACAGCUUUAGGUGCGCCUCAGAUUGUUUUCUGAAUUGCCAGUUCCCUAUUUGGAUACAAAUAACUGAUUGGGGGGGUGGGGGGAAGGAAGGAGUAAGCAAAUCCGUUGUCUCUUUUUCAGUUGUUAGUAAGCACUUUUAUCAAAUGGUUAGAUAAACUCUUGUUACUGUAGGAAUGCUUUCCUUUUACUGUUAGUUGUAUCCAUCUGGCUGCACCACAAGUGAAAUUUUGGCCCCAUUAAAAGGGAAUGGAAGGUGACUUAUGUCUGGACACCAACUAUAUGAAGAGUGUGUGUGGAAGGUGAACUUAAAGGGAGAAAAAUACGUAUUUUGUUUAAGUAUAUACAUAAACAUGUAUCAAAGAGAACAUUUCUCUUGAACAGACUUGUAGAAGCUGCAUAGGAACAAAUGAAGGUAAGUGGAAACAACUAACAGAGUUAACUUUUGAAUGAACCUUAAGUUUUGCUGUAUACUUGGAUUAUGUAGGAAUUUCAGUCAUUGAUUUUGAAUCAGUGUUUGUAGCAUUGAUUUAAAUGUAGUGGACAAAAAUUUUAAAUUAUGAAUAAUUUAGUUUCUGUUGCCAUCAGAGGAUUAAAGUGUCUGUGCUGGAUUCUGUGGACAAGUCAGUACACAAUAAUGAAAGGAAGUUAAAUAAAUAAAACAUAAGUUGCACUUUAGCUACAAAAUUCUUGUCUUUAUGAUGAGAACAGGAUCUUCAGGCUGUAUUUGAAACUAGACCAGAAGUAGCUUUUUUCCCUCAGUAAGAAAAUUGCCUGUUUAUUUCUGUCAGUUGUUACAAUUCAACACUGUGGGCUUUAGAGUGUUUUAUCUUUCAUUAAGAAAGCAGAAUAUAGGAAUAAAUUCGGGGAGAUUAAAGAAAACUGCCGCUGAAUACCUACUUCCCUCUCUGACCAAUAGGGUAUGCUAACAAAGGGCCCCAAAUUAGAGGUUGCUUUAAUUUCAGUUGCAAAUUACACUGAUCAUUAUUACUUUUUUUUCAGCACUAGUAUUGUUUAAUUUAAAAGAAGAGUUAAUUCCAGAGAUAUAGUUAAAUACUUCUGCAUCUUCUUUUUAAGUUAGAUGCUUCCAGUUCAAGAUCGUCUGUCAAAUAUUAAUGUGUUCUAAUGGUAAAUGCUCACUCUAGAGACAGUCUUUUGCUUUUAAGGUUCUUUUUUAAAUGUUGAGCUUUUUAAAUUGUGCUCAAACUGAAGUUAUAAGAAACAAGUGGGUUUUUUAACCAAAACUGUGAGCAUAACAGCUAAAUUAGCUAAGUUGAGGCUGUGAUGUUUUCUAAUUUCUGACUGUAUGUUAAAACAGUAUGAUUGUGUAACCACUUAAUUAUACCAAAGGUUAUAAUUUUUUUAAGCUCCCUGGUGUUGCAUCUUUCUUUAACUUAGAACUACACUCACGUUGUGCUUCAAAUUAGCUUUCUGUCUGAUACUGACUUUUGCCUGAUGGAUGCAUUAUGCUUUAAGGUCUGUGGAAAUCUCUGCUGUGAUUUAAGAUACUUUACUAACAAAAUUGCUGUCCUUAGACAAGUGUACUGUAUCCAGUGAUAUACUGGUAAGUGAGGGGACUCUACCUCAAAUAAGCAAGCAGUCAAUAUAUUGUGAAGAACAUUCAGAAUUACAGUGAUGCUUUGACUUACUCUGUCAAAAUGUAGGAGUUCAUGAAAUAGAUAAAUGCAGCAAGAGUUUCAGUUCACCCCAUCAACUGAGGCACUGUUAUUAAGUGAUUGAUACAUUGGCAACACUCCA